CAGCGGAGUGAGACCUCUCGCAGCGGAGUGAGACCUCUCGCAGCGGAGUGAGACCCGCAGCUGACAAAGAGGAGGACACACUCCUCUCCACGCCUCCCUCCCUCCCUCCCUCCCUCAGUCAGCGGAUGUUAUUCAACUGCACAUUCACAGUUUGCGUGAAUUUAACUUUCUCUUACUAAACAGGCGAAUAUGCGGACGGGAGAUAAAGUUAUGUUGUAAUGCUGUAACAUCAGAGAUUAUUGUUGAUCGUUUGUUUCGAGCAACAUCACCGGCCGACCUCUGUUUAUGUUACUCAACCGCUUGUGUAACACGUGAGUUGUCGGUUUGUAACGUUGGCUACACUGGAGUAUUUAGCUUGUGGUAAGUAAGCCAUUGUGCUGGGUUCAGUGUAUUUUAUAUAGAUAGAUAGAUAGAUAGAUAGAUGAGAUGUUUUCCGUUGUGAGAACACGGGUGGUCUCGGGUUUGGCCACAUUGUCCAGUUGUUUAAAUUCAAGGGCGGCAACAAGAGCCACACCUGCCCUCCUCUGCAGACAUCAGCAUCGGACCUUCAGCUCUGAGUCUGCAGGUGUCAAGGUGCUGUAUGAUGGGCUUUGUCCCAUAUGUGUGAAGGAGAUCCGGCUCCUGCAAUUUCUGCAGAAAAACCAGCCUGGGAAAGUAGAUUUUGUCGAUAUCUCACUGCCAGGCUAUGAUGGAGCAAAAUAUAGGGACGUCAGCUACGAGAUGGCCAUGGAGGAAAUGCAUGUGAUUGAUGAGAAAUACAAGGUUCACCGUGGAGUCCCAGCAUUUGCAGUCAUGUACAGUGCCGUGGGCCUUGGCUGGUUGGGUCGCUUCAUGAUGUGGCCACCUGUGAGACCAUUCAUGGACAAGUGUUAUGCCAUCUUUGCCAGGAAUCGCUUAAAGUGGACCGGACGCGGGGAGGAGUGCACCACAGGACGGUGUGAAAAGAAAUCACAAUGACUCUUAACCUCAGAAACACUAAACUAUGUGUAAUAAGUUAACUGAUUGUGAAGAAGAGCUGGAUGAAUACUGUAUGGUUUAUCCCGAUCAGGCACCGGUUUAUUAUGAGUGUGUCUGGAAAAGCUCCAAGACUGUUGUUACCUGAAAGGAAAUAUUGGCUUCCUGAUUAAAUAUGAAUGCUGUGAAGACAUCAUCUGAUGCUUUAUUUACUUUUAAAACUGUAAGUGUGGGGAAAAAAAAACAUACUUCAGCUCAGAUGACAUCUUCUAAAAAUUAUCCAAAAAUGAAAAUGACUAGAGAAAAAUAGAGAUGUUGAUAUUGCAAGAUACAAGCAAAACAAGAUUUUCAAAUCAACUAGAAAUGGCCUUAAUAUUAAAAAUGUCUUUAUUAUGUUGAGCGUCUUAAUGGGAUCCAAAGUAAUAUGACUAAAAAGCAGAUUUAUUUUGUCAGAACAUUGGUAAAAAUGACAGAUGAGCAGACGAAAGAAACCAAAAAAUAUAUAUUAAUCCUAACCAAAACAAACAUGACACUGCAAAGAAAGAGCCAUACUGCAAAAGACACAGUAUGGCGUACUGUAUAUAAGACUGUCAUACUGUGACAAAUAUACAGUGCAGAGAAAAUAACUGAAGCAAAAUACAGACAAUUUCCUGUUGCACACAGUGUAUCAGAUUGAGAUUGAGUUAAAAGAAGAUGGAGAACCAAGCUGCCACUAGAUGUCAUUGUAAGUCUAAAGUAAUGUCAGCUGUGAGCGUGAAAUUGUUCCUGGGGAAGUGUGAUAUAUGGCAGUCACGAUUGUUGACCAGCUCAUGAUCGACCUGUUGUCUUUUCUUUAUAAGGGUAACAGAUAUAAGCAGAAAUGAGGAGUUCAGUAGAUUCUUAUUUAUACUGCAGGAUGAAAUCAAUAUUUAGUGGUUCUGACACUGAAGGUAAAAACCAAAACUGACUGAACUGGCAUGAUCAUUUUAGUUCAAAUUACUCUUGUAAGUAAUUCUGACAGAUACAGACACUCAAGUCUCGAGUUUUUAAUCUCACAGGUGCUCCUGCUGUUGGGAGGAUGUUUCAUCAACAACACAUUGCCAUGCAGAACAGUAUGUGCUUGUCAAAGGUUAUAUGAGUUAUGGCGAUAGGACUGUGAUGUUUUCAAAACAUACUCUGUGAUAUAAGGCAGACACACAUCAGUUUGAGUCACAUACUUAAAGUAUUUUGCUUUGCUUUUCCACAGCAGAGAUUUAAGUCUUUAGAUUAGCCUGCAAAUUACUGUGUAAUUUUGUAUAUACUAUAUAUAUCAAUGUAAUACUUGUGUGUUAUGUGGUACCUAUAUCUAUAUCUAUAUCUAACUGCCUUUUCAUGGCAUAGCUGGACAUAUAGGCUAUGUCUGCUAGUGCCCUGUUUGUACCAGGUAAUUAAUACGUACUGGGUCAUUUAAAAAAGUACUUAAAGUUAAGUUUAGUUCUAGAUAGAUAGAAACUUGUUUCUAGGUCCCUCCUAAAGCCAAAUAUGUUACCCUUUUGUUUCCUGUAACUGUAUAUUACGUUUCCUUGGUACCCAAUAUGUUCAAAAAAGCAUCGCCACAUUUCAUUAGAUCUAUUAACUACUACAGACUUUUAAUUGUUUUGUAUCACAUGUUGUGGCCUGUGCUCAGUUUCUAAGAACUACAGAGCUGGUGACCUGUUUCUGUUUCUGUUGUGCUGUGACGUAGGAAUCAGCUAACAUCAGCUCACUGAGACCCUUAAGUUCUUACCCCCCUCCCUAAUUUUAGACUUGUGCUUCCAAACCGGUAGUCAGCAGUGACAGCACAUGACUUUAAGCCUGAGUGGUCUUACAAAGCAUUGGUCGUGCUUGCCCACCCCCAGCCCAGCUCAACCAAUGAGAGUAAAGUACUGCACGAGAGGGGGGUAGAAUUAAGUAUCAAAACACAGUAGACAUAGUGCUUCUGUCAAUUUAUCAAAAGUGGUGUACUGGAUUUGAAAGACCAGGAAAUUGGUUGAAGAGGAAUUGUGAAGACAGAAGAAGUAGGUCUUGUGUUUCAGGUAAAUCUUGAGUGAAUGUUUGCAUCAGACAUUUUCUGUCAAGGUUAGAGUGGCUAUAAGCUACUUUGGUUCAUGACCUUCCCCCACUUAAGUGGAAAACAACCAUAGUAGAUGUUUGACUAUUGCAUACCUAAGCUGUUUGCCUUGCCUGAGUGUUUUUAUGAAUGUGCCUUAUUUAUAUUAUACAUAAAGUACGCUUCCAUUUUCUAAGGAUAUGAGAGCAACUAAGGGCAAAGCUCUGUGUUCUCAAAUGUCUGUCACAUUGCAGGCAUACAUCCUAAUGCACAAUGUAGGGAGUUAUUUACAAGCCAUGUAUACUGAUGUAUUUGCUUUGAGGUUUCAUGUUACAUUCUCGAGAGGGGACAUAGUACUUGGAAACCAUGGAAGUUCAGGUCUAUUGUGGGACAUUAAGUUUGUACACAAUCAGCUCACCCUGAACUCUCCCUUAGCUGUUUAUAGGAGUCACACUGUGCCUCUGCUCUAAACAGGCAUGCAGUGGAGAUAUAGAUUAAUCAGAUUUAGCUGAUGCACUGGGCGCUUUCGUUCAUCUGAAGUUCAUCCCUAUUGUUUUGCAAGAUUCCUGUUGAAAAUGCUGCUCUGGCCUAAAUCAAGUAAAGCUCAAGAGUGACAUUUGGACUUUGAUUGAUUGCUGCUCACGACAUCAGGUCAAACAUGGGUCGCUACCUCAGCACCAACCUGUGUUCAAGUUCUAUGAAUAAGACUUUGAGGUCAUACUGCAAAAUUAGGUACCUAAUGAGCCUUCUCAGAAAGUACCCUCGUCUGGCCAAAGCACCACUCUGCCGGGACCUUCACAGAAAUUCACUCCUGUCACCUCCUCAUCCUUCCAGAUUUACAAGAAAAGCUACUUUUAAAAAUUUGAACCACGGUGAUACAGGCUCUACCUCUCACCACUUCCUUAGAGAUUUUACCGAAGUGAAACAUCUCCAGUUUGUGCGUUUUUACUCCUCUUCUAAUAGGAAUACAUUCAAAGCUGCAGCUCCAAUUGGGAUCUUUGAGGAGGCUCAGAACAGUUUUAAUUUGAGUUCCCUGGGAGGACGUCUUGGUCUGUCAUUUAAUCGAUUGUCCAGACACAUUAACAUUUAUUUCAAGAGAAAGGACGUUGAACCUCUAGCAGAAAAUGACAGCUUUGAUGUCACAUCUCCAGAAUAUCUUGGCAGGUCACAGAGGCGUACUCAAAGUCAACGAGCAGCCAGAGAGCGAAAAAUAUCUGAGGGCAAAGACACAAAGCAGACCUUGAAAAACACACAGGGGAUGGAUGGAGGAGGAACAAGUCCUUCAACACAGGGAAAUUCUGGGCUGGAACUAUUUCACACCAGCUCUUUUGCGACAACAUUUGGUGAGAGCUACAGUUAUGUUGCUAAUCACAUUAACUCGGUCUUCUCUCGCAGUUUUGUAAAAGUUCAAAUGCAGGAGAAUUUGGAAACCGAGUCUUUCACCAGAGGGAUGAAUAGGAGACAGAAGAGGAAAAAAAUGCAAAACACUUACGUAAUAAACUCUCAAGAAGCAGAAAUGUCUCAAGUAAAAUCGGGUGCUGAGAAGGCGGCAGUGGAACUGAACAAUAUCUCUAGCAGAUGGGAGGAGGGCUACCUUCUCUUUGCAAGGCACAUCAAUAAAUACUUUGGUGCCAAGGUUACUGAUAACCAAAAUCGGCAAAAUAAUAGCACCUACAAAAAAUACUUUUCAGCACAAUCUACCUCACAAACUCAAGGUGCCCUACCACAACUGAAGAAAAAAGAGCCUAUCAUCCCUGAAACUGGAAACAUUUUCCACAGCAGUCAUAAUACCGCUAACUUUGGGGAGAACUAUUUCCAAACAGCUGGUCACAUCAAUAAAUAUUUCAAGGGUCAAAGUGGAUUGGAUGAGGAUGUUGAUAAAAAUCCCCUAAUAGAGAUUGACCCUGGAUCUGCUACCUCUGAGAGACUGAAGACUGUAUCAUUUAUGGACUGCCUUCUCCACCCCUCAAGUGCCAUCCCUGACUUGCUGGGUACCUAUCUAAAUCUGGGCCCCUUGACCCAGACUAGUAAGCCCAAGCCUGCCAUGACUUCACCAAAGGCAAUAUUGAAUAAAAAGCUUGUCUUGAGUCUGAGGCAGGCAGAGGAAAUGACACGAGGGUUGAUUGGCAGUCUGGUACAAGCUUCAUCUCCAGAAGCUCUGACUGCCUGUGUGGAGGCACUUAAUGAACACCUUAUUCGUUAUCCAUCAUGCAAAGCUUUAAUGUGGCAGGAGAAAAUCGCAGUGACAUUGCUGAGAAAGCGACGAACCUACAGAGACAACCAGGUGCUUCAGAGCACCUUAAGAGAAACCUUGGCUCUGAUUGGCUAUGUGGAUCCAGUGAAAGGCCGUGGCAUCAGAGUGCUCUCAAUUGAUGGUGGUGGCACAAGAGGCGUGGUGCCUUUGCAGGUGUUAAAGCUACUGGAAGCUGAGACAGGCAAGAAGAUCCACCAGCUGUUUGACUACAUCUGUGGAGUGAGCACAGGUGCCGUUCUAGCCUUCAUGCUGGGUCUGGCACAUUUUUCUCUGGAGGAGUGUGCUGAAAUGUAUCGUCGUUUUGGCUCUGAAGUGUUUCGGCAGAACCGGCUGGUUGGCACCAUGAAAAUGGGCUGGAGUCACUCUUACUAUAACACUGAGACCUGGGAGACAAUACUACGCGAAAAGCUGGGAAAUAGAGUACUUAUUAAAACAGCCAGAAAUGAGCUGAGUCCCAAGGUUUCAGCAGUCAGCGCAGUGGUAAACUGGGGUACCAGUCCAAAGGCCUUCGUCUUCCGCAACUACAAUCACAAACCAGGCUCUCUCAGCCGCUAUGCAGGAGGCUCAGGCUGUCAGAUGUGGCAGGCAGUGCGAGCAUCAUCAGCUGCCCCAGGAUACUUCCAGGAGUUCCUCUUACAAAGUGACAUUCACCAGGAUGGUGGAAUUAUCAUGAACAAUCCCUGUGCCUUGGCUGUCCAUGAGAGCCGUCUGUUGUGGCCCAACCAGUCCUUCCAGUGUGUGCUGUCCCUUGGCACUGGUCGAUUUGACAACGUUAAAAGGGGAACUGCCACCUCCACCAGCCUGAGGGCCAAAAUCAGCAACCUGAUCUGCAGUGCUACUGACACUGAAGGGGUUCACACCCUUUUGGACGAUCUGCUGGCUCGUGACGUGUACUUCCGCUUUAACCCCAUGUUGAGUGCUGUGGUGUCGCUGGACGAGAGCCGGCCUCAGGCCCUGAACCAGCUGCAGAGAGACACCCAGAACUACCUGGAGAGGAACCGGCCCAAACUGGCGAGGCUUUGUUUGGUGCUCGGGGCAGAGCGCUCAGGUGUUAUCAGAACUAAGGACUGGAUGAAUGAAAGGGCCUGGGAGAUGAAGCAGAGAUGGGUGUGAGUAGGUUCAUUAUGAGGCAUGUCUACACAUAAAUGCAUACCACAUUCACUGAUGCACACAUACACUGUACAGGCUGUGGAAAAAAUAACAGAAACUCUUUAAAUUACAACAAUUUUUUGAUCCCCUGACCCUUAAUUUAGCACCACCAUGAGGUUGACUUUUUGGAUUUUGAGUGAAAUGUCUUGAUUGAACUAUUGAAUGGCUUGCCCUGAAACAUGGGGAUGAAUUAUAAUAACUUAGAUAAUAAUAGAUCUCUUAACUUUUCAUCUAAUGCCAUCAUCAGGUCAGUUUGUUCAUUCACAUCAGCCUCUGCUGUAUUUUGUGUUUAGUGCUAAUUAGCAAAUGUUAUUAUGAGCAAGUAAGUAUGCAGACUUUAGAAUUUAAAACAUUGCUAUGACUAAAUAUAGUCUUAAAGUGCCACUAGUAAGACUAUGGACUUACGGUAAGUCUACACAGGAGGCUUUCCAUAUGCAUCAAUUUCCUUUUGUUUUACGCACGUAACUACAGUGAUUGUGUGUUAGCCAAAACGCAAUGACAUACUACACCCAGUAAAGUGCUUGAACACAUCCUGUGUAGACAGACAAAACACUGCUGCUGCCGCUUUCACUAUGCAGGCUCUUUAUGUAGGCACGCUGUCAGUUUGGCCUAAAGUUUGUAGUAUUAACCAAAUAUUUUGUUAAUAUCUUGUCUACUUGAGAGCACCGUAUUUGCAGCUGAACUCACAAUUACAAAGCCAGCUACAAUGAGUAUUAAGUUAUGUACUGAUCAGCGGCAUGCAUCCACUUUAGAGGAAGUUGACCAAUCUUCUUUUUAAUGUGAUUUUUCAAAUAAAUAUAAGACUUCUUCCAGCUAAGCUGUCAUCAUAUCAUAAGAUGUUUCUGCUAUUUAGUCAACUUCCUGUUAUACAUGUAUCGUAUGUUAAAUCAAUAUGAUAUUGUCAACAUGCCUCACUUACAUUAUAUAUAUCAUCUCAUAUAUUUUUUUUUAUGAUUUCUUGACAUAGAUGCACAGGACAAAUAUGCACAACCAUGAAAUAAGCACUUUCAUGCACUUUAUUAAAAAAGCUUUGUGUAUAGUGCACAUGUGACUUAAUCCAGUAUCUGAUUAUUACUGUAUGUGAAAAUGUUGACUCCAAUAUAAGCUAUAAAUCUUACUUGUUUGUGACAUUACAGCUGAUGUAGUAUAUUAUUUUGCUAUUGGGCAUUUUAUGAGUAUUUGUUUUGAAUAAAUUCAUAUUUAUGAAGA